CUCGAUCCCCGUCUCCUUGUCCCGCCGCCGGACGCCCGCGCCUCCCGCUCCCAGCGCCGGCCCUCUUCCUUCCCCACAGCGAGGAGCUCCCAGCUGCGCCCGACGCCCUCCUCUGCCCCGCGCCUCCAAGCUCCACCUCCGCCGCUGUCAUCCACCCGAUCCGAGGCCGCCGGAUCUCACCGUCUCCUUGUGCCUCCGCUGCCCCGUCGCCAGCAGCGCACACCAACUGCCUAAACCGGCCACGCCCAGGUCCCAGCCGGCAGCCCGUCAACCAUCUCCACCGGCAAGCCCUAGCUCUCCCCUGGUCGUUUCCAUUCUUUUAGUCCAUCGCUGGCUCCUGCAUCCACUGUCUCUCCACAUCUCACCACCUAGCUAGCUAAUGGAGGUGCCGGCGGAGAUGGUUGGCUCCGUGGCUCUCUCCGCCACAUCCGCUCUGUUGAAGGAGGUGACCAUGCAGCCCGAUUUCCUGGAUGAUAUGGCCAGGGACGAUUCCAAGGGGGGACGAGGGGGGGCGAGACCCCCCCUAUCGAUCACGUUGGCCCUUGAUAGCGAUUAGGUAUAGCAGCUUUUUUUGCGUACGCAGACACUUUGUGGCCUGUCUCGCCCCCCCUGUGGCUCCCAUAGUCAAAGGCUCAAAGCCCAUGAAUUGUCUGCAAUUAGUAGUAAUCCGUGGGAGAGAAGGCCCAAAUAUCAGUAGAAGGAAUAAAAAAAAGCCCACUGUGGAAGAGAAGGACCCAGGCUCAAGACGCACGUACUCACGGUAGUUCCAUCUCUAAUCGCUUCGUUUCCGAUCUGCUAGUUCUUGCGAUCCAAAACACCUGCUCGCGCGCUGCAGCCGGCCGCCUGUAGAUCGGCUACCGUCGAGAAGGGAAGGGCGGAAGGCGACAGGGAAGCACUCCCUCGUUGAUCCACAGGUGCAUUGGCCGGCCGCUCGGAUGAGGAAAAAAGAUCUGAGGAAGAUAGCUGAAUCAAUUCAUAAAAUUUCCAAGCCAAUUGGUUCAUGGCCUCAUGCUCUCAGCUAUGUGAACAUGACGUCUUCUAUGCUCGAUGUGUGGAACUCGCCUCUCCUAUAUCAAAUUCCUGGCUCCGUCCCUGGAUAUGGCCUUCGUCACCCACGAGCUUAAUAUCACAACGGACUUGCUUGCGGUCGCCGCGAGGCAGCAGACGGGAGAUGGCAAAGAGUUGCUACGGAAUUAUCUCAAGCAAAUCCAGGACAUCUCCUUUGAGUUCGAGGAUUAUCAAGAUAAUCAUCUCAUGGUUCAUCUGGAUGAAAAAUCUAGGAGGCACAUCAUCAAUCUGCUGGUGGACCAGCACAAUAUUGCUAGGUUAAAGGAGCUCCGCACGAAACUCGAGCCCCUCAGCAAGAUGCUGCGCAGAGCCUUUGGCAAGCCUGCCUCCUCACCUAAUGCAGCUGCUCUGUCGUAUGUUGCAUAUGAUGAGUAUGUGUUAAAUGGCGAUUGUGAAGCGACUCAUGCUUAUGAUGGAAUUCCCCUAGAACAGUAUAAACAGAUUAACCAAAUCUUGCUUGAGUAUAAUAAGGAUUCUAUGGAGCAUGGUGUCCCUGUUCUGCCUGGGGAAAUUGUUCUGCCUGGGGAAACUGUUCUGCCUACAGACUAUCAGAUUGCAAGUGAGCUAGGCAAAAGAAUUAUACGGAUAAUACUUAAAUCACUUAGGGCAAACGAGCUUAGCUCUCAGUGUUUUACCCAGUUUGCUGAAUCCUAUAUACUAAUUGUGGGUUCUUUUGGUAUGGUCAAGUUAAAAAAUGUCAGUAUUCUUCGAAAUCUUCCUGCAGAUGUUCUGCUUGAGCGUCAAAGAAGCAACUACAUGUCUGCCCACAAUAUUAUUUUAGGUUUGUUCUCAGGCAACCCUCCUCAAGGCAUUCGGCACCUUCUGGAUUUAAUUGACGUUGACUUUACGCCAAGAGAACUCUUUCAUGUUCACGGAUCAUUGGUGCCAGUUGAAAGGUAUUGGAGUCGCUUACAAAACAUGUAUGAAUACAUCCAAUCGCACCCCCCAAAAGCAUAUAUUACAGCAAUCUUGGAUUCACUGCCCUAUGUUGAUACCUGGAAGGAUCGAAUUAAGACUAAUGAACUUCUCCUGAUACCUUUCAAUUAUAAUCCAAAAAGCUAUCAAGUUCCAUCUGAUGAUCCAAAACAAGCAUGCCUCAGUAAGGGCCAAAAGGCAGCACUUGAAGGCAUAGGUGUAACUCCAGAGCCACAUCAGACCCCAGCUCAAAUUAAGUGGAUUGGAGCUCUUCAGCUUUUAAAGUAUUUGAGAAAUAGGACCGCCCACAGGAUGGAUGCGUGGGAGAAGUGGAUUGAGCCUAAACUGGCGGCUAAAGCUCAAGGGUCUGAGGUUGACACGGCUAAUCUGGCUUAUAAUGCGCAAGGGUCUGACCUUGUCACUUAUAUACGGUUUCCUCUGAUUGUUCCACAUAUGCAGGUGGAGCUUUACAAGAGGAACGAGCAUCAUAAAAUUCGUAUGAAUGAGUUAUUUUAAAUCAUCCGUCCAACAUGAGUGCAGAAGCAACAUUGGAUGGCUGUGCAGAAGGACUUUUCACGAAGCUUGCUGCAUAGAACUACGAUCAAGUUGUCGAAGGUGGUGUCUGAAGCAUUCCAUUCAAAUCCUGGCUGUUGUCCUGUCACGUGAGAGGCCUGGAAAAUGGAUAGCGUACUGUCUGUAGAUUCAGUUGUGUAUUCGCAGUUGAUGGAUAUGUUUUGGUUCAUUGUUGUGCUUGUAAUAAUGGUACUAGAAGCGAAGCUGUUUGUGCUUUGUCGGCGUGCUGGUUUGGCGCUCGGCAAUGUGUUGUUAUCUUUGUUCAAAACCUCUAAAUCAUGUGAAUCUGGU